CCCUCGCGUCGCCAUCUCGCAGACGAUCUCUCUGUGAAAAGCGCUUGCGAUGGCUAAGCAGAAACUCAGAUCCCUUAUUACAUCUUUCACUCCUGACGGUGACUACCUCGCCAUUCUGUCUCCAGAUGGAACCGUCAAAAUCUGGAACACAAGUAAUAGAAGUUUAUUGGCAGAGUGGAAACAGUCACAUAGUGACCCUGUAGUCAGCUAUACAUGUAUAGCGUGCUGUUUUAUUGGAAAGAAGCAUAAGGAUCUUGAUAGUUGCUUAGUAGUUUUGGGUACAAGUGAUGGGGACAUCUUUGCUAUUGAUGUCUUAAUUGGUCGGACAAAAUGGAAAUUUACUGGGUUUUGUCCCAGUGCAAUUGCUGGUCUUUCUUUCACAGACAAAGAUCAUAGCCUGCAAAUAGUUGGAUGUAAUGGAAAAGCAUUUGAAAUGAAUUUUGAAACUGGAGAAAUACUGAAGGAGUUUAAAGCUUCAAAAAAGCCCAUCUCUCUGUUUUCUUUUUCAUGUGACAAGAAAUUUUUGGCUUUAGCCAGUGGAAAGAUGCGGAUCAUAAGCCUGGAAAAUGGUAAAGAACUUCUGAAGUUCGCUGAUGAUUUGGACCAUGUGCAAUAUAUGUCCAUAUCUGAUGAUGCCAGGGCAAUUGUUACAGCAGGGUUAGGGGAGAAACAUCUUAAACUGUGGUAUUGUGAUUUGAGUUCCAAAACUGUUGUCAGUGGUCCAGUUCUUUACAUGAAACAGCCUCCAUUAGCUUUAGCAUGCCAGAAUAACAGCAAUGAUGUUGGUGGUUUUGUCAUCUUAGCUAUUUCAGAGUCUGGUGUAGCUUAUGUGUGGAAUUUAGAGACCAGUUCAGAGGAUGAGGCUAGACCAACUAAGAUUACUGUGAAAGCCAAUAAAGCUGGAAGAGAGCAGGAAAAGAGUGCAAACUCAAAGAAAAGCCGUGCUUCUAUUAUUUCUGCUAGAUUACUCACUAACAGCACGGGCAAGGGGGUGAGUGCCUGUAUUGCUUAUGGUCUACUAGAUUCACCACAGUUUAGUGUUGUUAAUGUCAGCAAAAUGGGGGAGGAUGUGGUUAUAAUUGCUGGUGAUGAGGAGGAAACUGAAACCAUUCAAGAGAACAAGGAAGCUACUGGGAGAGGUCUCCACAGUUCAGAAUCUGGAUUGAUGGUUGAUCCAAAUAGAAAAGCAAAUAAGAAAAGAGGUGCUCCCGAUCCAGACCUUGAAACUACAAGAGGUGUGGAAGAGAUGGGCCAUGGAGAGAAUAUGGAUGGAGUCCUUGUUGAUGAUGAUCCGAAUGAACCAACCAUGGGUGAGAAACUUGCAAGUUUAAAUUUAAUAGAUGAGGAUAAAACCGGAAGCCAUGGAAAAGAAGAAAGACAAGAAUCCACUCCUGUUACAAAGCCCCCAAGUGCAGACUCAGUCAAUGUCCUGCUCAAGCAAGCACUACAUGCUGAUGAUCGUGCACUUCUCUUAGAAUGCUUGUACACACAAGAUGAGAAGGUUAUUAAAAAUUCGAUCUCACUAUUAAAUCCAUCUGAUGUUCUCAAGCUUUUACACUCUCUUGUUUCUAUAAUCCAGUCAAGGGGUGCAGUUUUGGCGUGUGCUCUUCCAUGGAUUAAAAAUUUACUUCUUCAACAUGCUAGUGGGAUUAUGUCACAGGAGUCCUCUUUGCAUUCGCUGAACUCUCUGUAUCAGCUCAUUGAAUCUCGGGUUUCAACUUUUGAGUCAGCUCUUCAAGUAUCAAGUUGCUUAGACUUCCUCUUUGCCGGGAUUGUUGAGGAUGAGGAAGAAGAGAAUGCCACCGUUCCUGUAAUAUUUGAGGACAAGGACGAAAGUGAUGAAGAGGAAUUAUCCGAAGAUGCCAUGGAAACUGAUCGAGAUGGUGAAGAGGAGGAGGAAGCACUUGAUGAAGCUCUAGAUGGGAUUAGUGAUUUUGAAGGAAUUGAGGACAUGAGUGAUUGAUAUAGAUAAUCGUAACCAGUUUGCAUGGAUUCCUAUAACCAAAACCAAGUAUGAUCUUCUGUGUUUAAGGAGAGAUAGGAAGCAACGCCUAGAAGAUUAAAAAGAAUCUGCAAGUUCUAAUUUGGUGAUCAACUCCUUUGUGCACCAAGAAGUACAAAUACAUGUAGGGUGUCUUCACUGUCUUGAACCAAAUACGCAGCUGCUGCUAUUGUUGUAGUUUAGGACUUGGGGAGUCUUUAGCUUGUACUUUACGAAACAGUUUCAUAACAUCUCAGAUCUUUUGUCGUUCAAUGUUUUUUUUUUUUUUUUAUCAAUUUUGUGCGGGAAAUGUAAAAGGAGAAACUUCGUAUGAAAAGCCACAUUUGUCCAAAUCUAUAUGUUCUUGAAUAGAGCUAAAAUGUGCUA